AGUACUUGUUGUUGUGUACCUGGAUGUCAUUUAAGAGGAGGACAUGCAUUUCCAAAUGACUUAAAAAAGAAGGAAAAGUUGGAUCAACGCCAUGGCCCAUACGCAGAUUGGACGAGAACACGAUGAAAUCGUGGAGUCCAUCUCAAUCAGCUGUUGUUUGCAAGGCAGAUUUUACUGAAAAAGACUACGUGCAGGAAACUAUUCAUGGGCGCAAACCCACCAUACAGAGACUUAAAUCUACUGCCAUUCCCAGCCUAUUUUCCUGGACCAAGCAAGAGACUGAAUCGUCCGCAAAAAGAAAAAUCAGGGCAGUUUCCUGUGAAAACAAAAGAACUAAACUUGAUGAAUAUUGUAGUAGAAAUCUAGAGGAAAGUUUUGAUUAUAAAGUUGGUUUUCCUGAAGAAGUCAUUCAUACUGCAGACAGGAUUUAUGACUGUCCACCACCAACUGCCGAGCUAAUGUUGAGCUUCACAGAUGGAAUUACGCAAACACCAUCAAUGCCUAUAUUUUCAGCAGAGAAUUUUGAAAUGAAGACACGUGACACAGCCAUGCAUUUUUAUACCGGUAUUAGAGUUGUAUACUAAAUUUUUAUUUGUUUUCACCACACUUGGUCCAGCAGCACAUUGUUUGAGAUACAUAUAUUUUCAAAUUGAUAGGGUGUCAUUUGAAAAUCAGUUUUUUUAUGACUUUGAUGAAAUUGAGGCAUUAUACAACCAACUUUGAACUGUCUAGAUUCUAGAUUGAAACUAGUGUUAAGAAUAUUGUGUAAACAUGGAUUGUUUUUAUGUCUAAACAGUGGCGUGAGGCUAACACUUGGCCAUUAAGUGGUUUAGUCAGGUAUUUUUCGCCAUCCAACUUCAAAUUAAAGUAUCCUACAACUUGGAUUAUUAUUGACAGCACAGAAUAUCCCGUGAUAAAACCUAAAGCUCCUAGAGCUCAGGCAACCUUUUCAUCAUAUAAAAACAGAAACACUGAAAAUACUUGUAUGUUCGACACCUGGUGGUUUAGUCAACUAUGUUUCUAAUGCAUAUGUUGGUUGUACCAGUGACUGUGAAAUAAUUGAAAGAUGUAGAAUAGUUCAAUUAUGUGAUCCAGGUGACAGUGUGAUGGCAGACAAAGGUUUAAAUGUGCAAGAUUUGUUUGCUCACUUUUUUUCAAAAAAAGAAACAGAAUUAGUUCCAAAACUCUUAUACGGGAUAGAAAAGUCUCCAAUUAACACGUGCACAUAGAGCUAAUUAUUGGACUUGGCAAAACAUACAAAAUUCUAAUAAAUCCUAUGAAUGGAACUGAAACAAAACUUUCAUCUGAAAUAACAUUUAGUUGUUUUAUGUUGUGUAAUUUUAGAACUUGUAUUGUGCCAAAGGAUGCAUAAAUAAAAGUGACGCAAUGAA